GACACAACAUUGUGCACAAUUCACGAAGUGAUAUCGAUACCAGUACCCAGUGGCAACGCCCAUCCACGCAGAGCGCCCCCACCCCCGCCAAAACUCCAGCGACCAAUCAAAACACAGUAUCAAUUUGUUCACCUAUAUUUCUAUGUGCUAUGGAAACCAUAUAGAUUAUAUUAUUUUUCAUUUGCAAGUGCUAUAGCAACGCCCGUGCAGCUGUACAGAGAGCCGUGUCACAUCCGAACUAUCCCCCAUCCGUCCGUUGAUAGUUGUUACCAUCGCACGCCUUGGAUAACUUUUUAAUUGUAACCAUCAUCAAAGUUUCAUAUACUAAUCAUGGGUGAAUGGAAACAUGGUACCUUUGGUUGCUUUGAUAACCUAGGAAUAUGUAUCAUCACAUAUAUUGCACCUUGUUAUACGGCUGGUAAGAAUGCCGAAGCUAAUGGUGAGAGCUGUAUCCUCUAUGGAUGUCUGUCAAUGCUGGGGUGUAUUGGGUUGUGGUCAAUGACUUCCAUUCGAGGAAAGACCAGGGAAGCCAAGGGAAUCGAUGGGUCGUAUGUCAACGAUCUGAUGUGCAUCUGGUGUUGUACACUUUGUGCCUUAGCCCAAGAAAAUAUGGAAUGGGCGGAUGGUGGACAGGCGAUGGCACGUGAAUAGACUACCACCCUUCCUAGCUGGUCUCCUCAAUCUCAUAUCAACAUGAUUAAGAUCCAACCUUAUCUGCAUCAACACUGGACCAACCAGCCUAAGGUGGUGGCAAAAAGCAAAAAAUAAUGAAAACUUCCAUUUAUCACCUCAAACUAUUAUAUCACCUGGGGAGCAUUUCAUCAAUAUUUCGUUGUCCAAGUUGUCAGAUCUGACAACUUUCCUUGCUUUUGAUUGGCUGAAAAGCACGGCUACUAUGGUAACUGUCUGAUAAAACGGGACUUGUCGGAUAAAACAUCCCACAGAUUCAUUCAUGAUACACGCCCCUAAGGUCCUGCACCACAAAACUUGGGGAUUGAUCAUACGGAUUUGUUUGCAAUUGAUUUCGUCUUUCGUCAUAAUUAUACAAUAAACUGUACAAAAUUAACUAUACGAUCAAUCACUAAGCUUUUUGCUGGAGAGGCCCUGGCUUAGGCAGUGAUGAAAGGGAAAAUUAUGUAAUCUGUAAUGACUUCUAUAGAGAUACCGAUUAAACGAUUUACUAACAUUCCAAAUCCAUGAUCAUAAUCUUUUCAACUUUGUCAGUAAAAGCUGUCCAUAAGUAUACUUUGCAUAAAAAAUUAAACGCAUAUGAGUCAACGACUUGAAUUAUUUUGUUGCGGUAUUAAAUUUUUUUAACGCUGAAAUUAAAUUAGGGGCUGAGACUCUUGUGGGAACGUGCCCGCCGGUUAAGAGGCUUCGAUAUGCAUAUUAUGAUGCACAUUGAACUAUACUGUCUUUCAGAAUUAUAUUACGAGAUUGUUAUCAUAAAAAAUGUGACGUAAUCAUUGUGCAUGUGGUUACUAUUUACUUUCUGAUAUAGCAUUUCAAACUCAUUGAAAUUAAAAUCUAUGUUCAGGAACUUCUCCUUAUAAUUAAAAUAUCAAUUAAUAUGCAAGUAAGUGUCAACAUAUUUUGGUCUUUGUAUAUCCUUAUACAUUGUAACAUAAAAAAAAGAAUUUAAGCAUUACAUUAAAUAGAAACAUUAGAUUACUAUUAUGGCUGCAAAACCUAUACAUUUAUAAUGAAUUACUAGCAACCCGAAUGCAAAGUGAAGCAUUGGAGGCCCCAUACAGGUGGGUCCUGUAUUUUCCAUUUAACAUUAUACUGUUCAAGUGUUGAAUAAUGAGCAUUAUAGGCAAUAUGCCUAUACUGUGAAAGUAUAUGUUCAUAAUGCUGCGGGUUGUCUUGAGUUUACUGUCGCUGUACGUACUCAGACUGACCCGAUAAGGAGUCAGUUCGUGGGUAAUACUCUGCUCUAGGUCAGAAAAGUCUUAGUGGUGUAUAUACGGCGGAUAAAACAACAGUGUAAACUGUUGUCAAGAGUCAUUGGCGAAAAUCAUUGAAUAGUGGAACAGCAGUUCCGUCCUAGAUUCAAUGCGAACGCUACAUUUGCAAUUUAUCGUACGCACAGGAUCUAGGACGGCACUACCGUUCCAGUUCAUUUUCGAUAAACACUUAUUCGAGCGUCCAUGUCAUUGACGGGCAAUGAUACAAAAUUAUUCUCUUUGAGAAUCUUCCGUGCAUCGCUUGAAUUAUAGCGCGAAAACGCUUAUUACCAAACUAUAUAAGGUCUGGACUAUGCAUAUUCUGAUUAAUGUAAUAACCAUCACGACCACAUUCAGGGUUAUUUCCCCAAGUAUAAAUGCAUGGAGAUGGACUUGGUAAAAAAAAUUCUUUCACUGUCUCUUUUGUAAAUACGCAACUUUUUCACGGUUAUUUACACAAAUAGAGGAAAUGUCAAUUUAAUAUCAAAUGAAAAACCGAUGAAUAGCGGAUGCAUGUAAUAUUGAUUUUAUUCCCCCAAAAUGACAACCCAGUAUCACUCAGAGGAAUUAUUGAUGAUUAAAUCUUGUAUAAAGUUUUGUAUGCUUCAAUCAUGUACAGUUCAGGUUUUAGUGUUCUUUUAUAAUCUGUGUAAAUCUGUAAAUGUUUUCCGUUGUUUCUGCGAGGUUUUUCUUUUAAACUGAAAUUUGUAUUAUAGACUUAAUUGUAGACGCCCUUUUUCGCCGGAAACUUGAGAGUAAUUUGGUUUGUUUAUAUUGGUAUUUCAUAAAGUUGUUUAUAUCGUAAUAUCCGUUUGAUAAUCAAUGUUCUCCAUUUAGAUACCCUGGAUUUGUAAAAAUAGAUCAUAUUAAUCCCUGGAGUCCCACUAUAGACAAAUCCAAAAAUAAUAUAAUAAAAUAAUCAGGUUGUUUCCCACUUUUUCUUUCUUAUUUUGAGUUUGUUGAAAUCAUAAUCAAACACGUCUAACAUGUCUAAUGCAUACAAAAUGACACGACCUGUCUUUCUCCGGUUCUUUACGAUUUACAAGUAAUUAAACAUAUUCGAAAUUUCAAAUAAUAAUUGUUUUGCAAAUGUUGCAAGUUUUCCGUUAAUGUUUAAUAAUCUCUCGAAUUCUUAAAGUACUAUUUUGAUAAUACCCGGGAAAUGAAAUAAAGGUUAGAUGUAUCAAAUAGUAUUGUGGUUUUUCUUUUGGCGCCUUUUUUCUAUGAUUAUACAGCGCGUCCCCAAAAAAUGUCCCUCUGACAUAGGGCUGAAUUAAUUCUAAAAUGUGGUAGUAUUCUCAAAUUAAUGUUCAUGAGUAGAAAGCUCAUUUCAUGACCUUACUUCUAUGAAAAUUUAAUUGGUUGCGCUUCAGCGGUUUUGAAUACACAUUCUGUUACGUAAAAGUGGUGCAUUUUAGCCCAUUCCAAGUUUGCAGCAUUGAUGCCUAUCUGCAUUGUCUGGCAUAUGAACCCCUAUUUUUACAUCCAGGAUCUGAGCAGAUACAUUUCCCUAAUCAUAUCCAGGCUCAACAAAUCAUAAACUUGGGCAUGUUCAGAAGGACAAGAAACAUAAAAAUUUAGUUUGUUUGAUAAUUGAUAAGGGAAAUCAGUGCACCAACCUGCAAAGAAAAUGUGAAUGAUGGAUGAGAAAAAUAAAGGAGAAUCCAAAAUUUAAUUACCCUUUGUGAAAAGGAACUUUACCAGAGAAAAAUUUGACUGUUUUCUGUUGAUGUUGUCCUAAUCAUUGUGCAUAUCCUGUUAUCAAACGUGAAAUUAACUGUCAAAUAUUGUGUUUGCCCUUCUGAACACGCUCAAGGUUGUAAUUUGAUGAGCCUGGUUAGGUCAUGGAUAUUUCCCUGGUCAGAUCAGGGAAUUCCUUGGUCAGAAUGUUCAAAGGGGGUUGAUAUGCUAGCAAGUGCAGAACACACAGCAGUGCUGCAUGCAUGCAAACUUGGAAUGAGCUGAAAAGCACCACUGUUACAUAAUAGACUGUGUAUUCAAAACCACUGAAGCGAGACAAAUGAAUUUUUUAUAGAAAUUAGAACAUGAUAUGAGCUUCCUAGUUCCAUACAUUUUAUUGAGAAUAAUUUUUUUUUAAAGUAAUUUAGCCGCAUAUCAGAGGGACAUUUUUUGGGGGACGCGCUGUAUAUCCUGUACUGUUGUGGAACCAUGGUCAGAUUUUGUUUUAUAUUAUGAUGCAAAAAAAUAAACACUUUGUGAUUGCUGAAA